GUCUCUGCGCAGGCGCAGUGGUCCCCGCGGGCUUGCGCGCGCACUCGCUGCGGGAUAAGCUUCUGGAAGCUCAUUGCGGUGGCGUUGUUGCUGGUUGCGGAUGCAGGUGCAGUUUCUGCAGGACUGUAAACUGGAUUCCUGGAACCUUGAUAUUCCUGGCUGUGUAUAGUGCCUCUUGCUGGACUGUACUGAUACUCAACUAGAGUGUGAAGGGACUGGAUUCCUCCUCCUGAUACACAGUGCAAGCUGUAGUGCCCUUGAACAAGAUGACAGCCAUCUCACCAGACCCUCAAACUCUGGCCUCGACUGAACAAAAUGAGGUCCCAGGAAUGGUUACUUCUGGGGAGCAAGAAACUAUUUUAGGAGGAGAUGCUGCUGAUGCAGAGUGUUUCAGACAGAGGUUUAGGUGGUUUUCUUAUUCAGAAGUAGCCGGACCCAGGAAAGCUCUGAAUCAACUCUGGGAGCUCUGCACUCAGUGGUUGAGACCAGACAUUCACACGAAAGAACAGAUUUUAGAGCUUUUGGUGUUUGAGCAGUUCCUGACCAUUUUGCCUGGGGAGAUCAGGGUUUGGGUAAAGUCACAACAUCCUGAGAGUAGUGAGGAGGUGGUGACCCUAAUAGAAGAUUUGACACAGAUGCUUGAAGAAAAAGAAGAUCUCGUCUCUCAAGAUUCUGUUUCCCAAGAGGAGAAAUCAAAAGAGAAUAAAGUGGUCGCUAAUUGUCCCAAUACUGAGUCCUGUGAAUCUAUAACAUUGAAUGAUGUAGCUGUGAACUUUUCAAGAGGAGAAUGGAAGAAGCUGGAGCCUUUUCAAAAGGAGCUAUAUAAGGAAGUGCUACUGGAAAACUUCAGGAACCUAGAAUUUCUGGACUUUCCAGUUUCAAAAUUAGAGCUGAUUUCUCAGCUGAAGUGGGUUGAAUUGCCAUGGCUGCUGGAAAAAGAAGUCUCAAAAGGCUCCCACCCAGAUGAAUCAGCUUUAGAUAAAAUAAUAGAAAGAUGCCUCAGGGAUGAUGAUGAUGGCUUGAUGGAAGAAUUCCAGAAAUAUUAUGGCAUAUCAGAGGAGGAGCAUGGUAAUCAGGGAAAUUCAAAAGGAAAAGUCACACAAAAGAAAACUCGUGGGAAAGGCAAUAGGGGUGAGGAAUCUGACCCAGAUAAAAGGCCCUUUGGACAUAAUUUCAAAGAACCUUCAGACUUAAUGAAACAUCUGAGAGCCUACUUGAGGAAGAAAUCUCGGAAGUAUAAUGAAAGCAAGAAACCCUUCAGUUUUCAUUCAGACCUUGUUCUGAACCGCAAGGAGAAAACUGCUGGAGAAAAGUUGCGGAAAUGUAAUGACAGUGGGAAAGUGUUAAGUCACUCUUCAGCUCUUACUGAGCAUCAGAAACGUCAGAAGAUUCAUUUGGGGGAUAGGUCCCAAAAAUGCAGUAAGUGUGGGAUAAUCUUUAUUCGGAGGUCAACCCUUUCUAGGAGAAAAAUCCCUAUGUGUGAGAAAUGUCGGAAAGAUUCAUGUCAAGCAGCAGCCUUAAAUAAAGGUGAGGGAAAUGAGACUGGAGAAAAAACUCAUAAAUGUAGUAAGUGUGGAAAAGCCUUUGGCUAUAGUGCCUCACUCACGAAACAUCGGAGAAUUCACACUGGAGAAAAGCCCUAUAUGUGUAAUGAGUGUGGAAAAGCUUUUAGUGAUAGUUCAUCGCUCACACCACAUCAUAGAACUCAUAGUGGAGAGAAACCCUUCAAAUGUGAUGAUUGUGGGAAAGAGUUUACCCUAAGUGCUCACCUCAUUAAACAUCAAAGAAUUCAUACUGGAGAAAAACCUUAUAAAUGUAAAGACUGUGGGAGACCCUUCAGUGACAGUUCAUCUCUUAUUCAACAUCAGCGAAUUCAUACUGGAGAAAAACCCUAUACGUGUAGCAAUUGUGGAAAAUCCUUCAGUCAUAGCUCAUCCCUUUCCAAACAUCAGAGAAUUCAUACUGGAGAGAAACCCUAUAAAUGUGGUGAAUGUGGGAAAGCCUUUAGACAGAAUUCAUGCCUUACCCGGCAUCAGAGAAUUCACACCGGAGAAAAACCAUAUUUGUGUAAUGAUUGUGGAAUGACUUUUAGCCAUUUUACAUCUGUCAUUUAUCAUCAAAGACUUCAUUCAGGAGAAAAACCGUACAAAUGUAACCAAUGUGAGAAAGCCUUCCCAACCCAUUCACUCCUUAGUCGUCAUCAGAGAAUUCAUACUGGCGUAAAACCUUACAAAUGUAAAGAAUGUGGGAAGAACUUCAGUCAGAGUUCAUCUCUUAAUGAACACCACCGAAUUCAUACAGGAGAGAAACCCUAUGAAUGUAACUAUUGUGGCGCAACCUUUAGUCGAAGCUCAAUCCUUGUAGAACACCUAAAAAUUCAUACUGGAAGGAGAGAAUAUGAAUGUAAUGAAUGUGAGAAGACAUUUAAAAGUAAUUCAGGCCUCAUUAGACAUCGGGGAUUUCAUUCUUCAGAGUAAUCCUGGAAUUAACAGUAAGGUGGGGGGAUUUAGUUCAGAUUAUCAGUUACUGAAGCCCUGGGAUGUAAACUAUUACAAAAUUGAUCAGUAGCUGCAACUUUCAUAAAAUGGCAGCUAGGAAAAAUUCUUCUCCCUGUUCAUCCCUCUUUUCAAGGAUGGCAAGCUGGUAAACAGUUCUUAGUUGAUAAAGUCACUGGAAAGUGAAGAAUGAGAAAUGAUUCUGAGGCCAAACUUGAAUUGGAAGUAUUCUUUUCUUCAGGGAAUUUCCCUCUGAUUUCUUCCACUACCAUGUAGUGUGAUGGAAAGAGAACUUGACUGCAGUCAGAUAACUUGGAUUUUGUCCCAGUUUGCCAACCAACUUGCUGUAUAUACCUUGGACAAGUAAUUUGACCUUUCAGUUUCUUUACCAGCAGAAUGAAGUGAUGAAACUAAUGAUUUCUGCCUUUUUUAAUUUUUUUUUUUUUUUUGUAUUCCUGAUUAUCCCUGAAGCUGUGGACAUGUUAUUUUUUUGAUUUGUCAUUAUUUUCAAGUUCUGUAGUGGAAAAUACUCCUAUUUAGGAUGCUGGACGACUAUUUGUUUUUCUGUUUUUCUUUUUUGGGAUCGAGGCUCACUGUGUUGUCCAGGCUGGUCUUGAACUCCAGGGCUCAAGUGAUCCAUCCAUCUGAGUUUCCUGAAUAGCUGGCAUUACGGGUACACUCCACCAAGCCUGGUUCCCAGGAUGCUGGACUUCUAGCUUAAUGAGAAUGCAG